AUGACUUUAAAUAUUACUGUUUUAAUAUCUGGUUCAGGUACAAAUUUGCAAGCACUUAUAGAUGCAGAAAAAGCAGGACAAUUAAAAGGGAAAAUCACCCAAGUCAUAUCAUCCUCGGAGUCAGCUUUUGGUUUGAAAAGAGCUGAAGAAGCAGGAAUCCCAACCAAAACUCAUAUCUUAAAGAAUUAUUAUAAAGGAACUACUAAAGAUCAACUUGAUGAACGUAAACAACGUAGAGAACAAUUUAAUCUUGAUUUGUCUAAAUUAUUAAUAAAUGGUUCUAUUGAAGGUACUGAUGAAUCUUAUGUUAAACCUGAUUUAAUUGUUUGUGCUGGAUGGAUGUUGAUUUUAUCUCCAACUGUAUUACAACCAUUAGAGAAAGCUGGAAUUACAAUUAUUAAUUUACACCCAGCAUUACCUGGUGCAUUUGAUGGUACUCAUGCCAUUGAUCGUUGUUGGAAAGCUGGUCAAGAUGGAGAAAUAACUAAAGGAGGUGUCAUGAUACAUAGAGUCAUUGCUGAAGUCGACAGAGGUUCUCCAAUUUUGGUUAAAGAACUUGACUUAAUCAAAGGUGAAUCAUUGGAUGAUUAUGAAGAUAGAGUACAUAAAGUCGAACAUGUCGCUAUAGUCGAAGGUACUAAUAUCAUUCUUGAAGAAUUAAGCAAAUAG